UGUGAGACAACAGUUGGGGCAUUCAAUUAUUCUUUAUUGAAAUUGUAGUGUUGUUCAGUUAUAUAAAUAUACAGAAAAUAAAACUACAAGGUAUACAUAUGUCAUUAAGAGUAUACGAGUUGCAAAUGCUUCAUGACUUCUUGAAAUAAAUCAUACUUGGGGUUAUAGUUUGUAAUAGAAAUGGAGGCCAGUGCGUUCCUUAUUGAAAUGUUUUAAACAUUCGUACUGACAGUAUCCUGCAUUACCAACGCAAAUCAAUUGCUCGCAACAGGUUUGUAAUUGAGAUUGAAUUAGUUUAUCAACAUUAUUUGGAAGAGGUGCAACACCUUGGAUCGCGACAGUUGAAACGGAGGAAUAAAGGAAACUGCAAUUCCUUUUUUGUAUCAACUUUUGGUCGUUCGCAGUAAACCGAAAGCAGAGCAUAGUGAUCUGUGGAUUGGAAGUUAUUGUUUUUUUCAAUAUUAUAUUUGUCUAACGCCCCCUCCAACCGUCCAGAGAAACUAUUGCUUUGUUUUUUUUUGGUACGCAAGAUUUGGUGAGGGUGAAUGAGUAAUUAGGAGGGUGAUAGAAAUUUCCUGUUAGCGCGUGUUAGUUGGUGAGUGCGCACACAGAGUUUAUUCGCGUGCUGCAAAGUUUGGAGUGAGCUUUGGAGAGAAAAUGAGGAACACUCUGAACGCGGAGAUUUCGAGGGAGCUUCGCAGUUUGCUGGAGAAAAACCAGUCACAGCUGAAGAAAGGAAUAAAACAACACCAGACACUUCUAAGCAAACUCAAAGAUAUAAAAGAUCCUCAUGAGAAUAAAGAAGUGCAAAUAUUAAUUGAAGAGACAAGACAAGAAAUUGUCAAUGUUGGAUUGGAGCAGAAAGAUUUGGUGGAUCGCUUGCGGAAGGAGUACAAGACAAUACAAAGAAAUGCCAAAGCUGCAACAGUUAAAAAUGGUUUGGAGGAAAGAAGGCUUAACUUGACAUCUGCUCUAAAUCGAGCAAGGAAGCAAGAUAUUAUAAAAAGAUCUACAUCUCAACAAUCGGCUUCGCCUUCGGAGGAGUCAGAAUUGCAGUCAGGUCCAUCAUCGCCUGAACCAUGCGCCCCGAAUCCUAUUAAUCCUCAGGACAUCUCGCAGACAGAUUUUCUUACAUAUUUCGGUUUGGCUACGCACGAUGUAUUCAAGGAAAUCCAGAACAAACGAGCUGAAAGAAAGAGGAGGCGGACGGCGAAUCCUCAGUUUUUAUAUACAAAAGGCUGGGAUAUAUCUAAACGAAAACGCAACAUGUACUUAGCAAACGCAUCGCCCCCAAAUACCAGGCAGUCUGUUAAGAAUAAAGCGCGAGGUUCAUCUCCGACCUUCAAGCAGUCCAGACCCAGUUCGCCUGUUGACAAGAAGUUAUCUAUUCCCAACCUGCCCAGUGGACUUACGAUAGAACGGAUAACGCAAGCCCGAUCUACUGCUGAUACAAAGACUUGCAUAGAAUGCCGCUUAGGAGGCUAUUUGGUGAUCUGCGAGUUCUGCACGAACGGAUUUCACAUCAGUUGUCAUAACAGACCGCUGGUGCAGCAACCGAAACAUUGUCCAAAAUGUUACAAGGAUAUGAAAAACAGUGCGAUAGCUGCGAAUGCCGAAUUGAAUGAGAAGUUGAAGGAAAGACAAGAUCUAGUAGAAAGAAAUAGAGAGCUGACUGCCGACUUAACACAGUUGCAGGAUCAGCAUUCUCAGCUGACAAUCAGCGUCAAGACUGAAGAUAAAGAGAAGAAAGAAUUGUUAGCCGAGCAGCAGUCAACGGAAUUAAAGAUACAGAAGAUCGUCACGUUCAUCAACAGCGUGAAGGACCUACAAAAUAUAAAAGUUUCAUGAAAUAUUCUUCGGUUG